AUGCUCGGCAGGAUACGGAGCUCUACGCCUGCGGGCAUUAACUUGAGGACGGAUUUCUUUGACGACAUUUUCAUUCCCUUUGAGGAGCUGCCACAGGGUGCGGAGUAUAAUCAUAGUGAGCAGCUUUGGAUCUGGAACCUGGAAGAUGAUAGGCUGUUUUACGAUAAUCACGAAAUGGUCCGUUUUCAAGUCAUUGACGAGGAGUGGCAUGACCAGACGCCGGCUGGACCAACGCAAGGCGAAGAAGCUCCAGCCAAGACGCCUUACAGGAUCAAGGGCAGUAUGGCCCGUGAAGGCCUUGGUGCGUGUCUGUGGUGGGAUGGCGCAUAA